CAAACAAUUGUUGUUGUUAAUAUCCAAAAAAUAUAAUAUAUACAUUUUUAUUAUAAAAAAAUCUAUCUAUUGUGUCUAUUGUAUACUUUUAUAACUAACUAACUACAUUAAAAUAAAAUCCAAUAAAAAUAAAAAAAAAUAAAAAUAUAACAACACUAAUCAUUGUAUUAUUUUUUUUUUUUUUUUAUAAUUUGUAGUAAUAAUAAUAAUAGUAUAUAAUCACUCAUCUUUUAUAUUUUAUUUAUUUUUUUUUUUCUUUGUACAAUAGUAAUAAAUAAUUAUCUUAAUAAUAAUUAUUAAAAUUUUUUUUUCUUCAUAAAAACUUUAUACAGAAAAAAAAAAGAUAUUUUACAUUUUUAAAAAAAUAGAUUAAUGAUAAAUAAAUAAUAUUUUUUUUUUACACACAUAUAUAUAUUUUAACGAAAUAUCAAAAAUAAAAAACAAACAUAUAAUAAUAAUAAUUUUAAAAUAAUAAAAUGGAAGAUAAAGAAGAUUUUGAACAUGAAGAUCACGUUGGAAUUUUUCCAAUUUUAAUGUUAUACAUUUCAUAUGCAUUUAUUAUUUUUAAUGGUAAACUUGCAGAAUUUGUCGGUAAAUUAAAAGGUGAAAGAUAUUUAAUUACCCCAGAUGGAUAUGCACCAUUAUUUGUUGAAUUUGAAUAUUUUUAUCAAAGACGUAUGUAUGGUAGAAUUAAAGAUGCAUGGGAUAGACCAAUUAAUAGUAUUGCUGGUGCAUGGAUCAAUGUUAUGCCAAGAUCAAGCAAACAUUAUUCACAACGUUUAGAGUUAACUGGUGAAAAACCAAUUAGAUGUUUAAAUUUAGGAUCAUACAAUUAUUUGGGUUUUGCUCAAUCAGAAGGUCCAGUUGCUGAUAAGGUCGUUGAAUCAAUUUAUCGUUAUGGUACAUACACUGGUAGCACAUCAUCAGAAGUAGGUCUUUCACAAGCACAAAGAGAGUUGGAACAAUUAACAGCACGUUUCAUUGGUAAAGAGGAUGCUAUGGUUUUUGAAAUGGGUUUUGCUACAAACUCUGGUACAUUACCAGCAUUAAUUGGUAAAGGUGGUUUAAUUAUUAGUGAUUCACUUAAUCAUGCUUCAUUAGCCACUGGUUGCAAGAACACUGGUUGUAAAGUUAAAGUUUUCAGACACAACGAUGCUAAACAUUUAGAAGAGGUAGUUCGUCAAUCAAUUAUCGAAGGUCAACCACGUACUCGUCGUCCAUGGACUAUGAUUCUCAUCAUUAUCGAAGGUAUUUAUUCAAUGGAAGGUGAAACUUCAAACUUACCAGAAAUCAUUGCAAUCAAAAAGAAAUAUAAAUGUUAUCUCUAUGUUGAUGAAGCUCAUUCAAUUGGUGCCCUUGGUAAAACUGGUCGUGGUGUUUUAGAUUACUAUGGUAUUCCAGCCUCCGAAGUCGAUAUUAUGAUGGGUACUUACACUAAAAGUUUUGGUAGUAUUGGUGGUUAUGUUGCCGCAGACAAAUCACUCAUCGAUCAUUUACGUCAAUCAUCUUUCUCUGCUGUUUAUGCCAACAGUAUGUCACCACCAUGUGCCGUUCAAGCCCUCGAAGCUCUUCGUUGUAUUAUGGGUGAAGAUGGCACUGAUAUUGGUGCUCAAAAAUUAAAACAAUUACACGACAAUUCAAAUUACUUUAGAGAACGUAUUCGUGAAAUGGGUUUCGUUAUCCUUGGUAAUAAAGAUUCUCCAGUCAUUCCACUCAUGUUAUUUAAUCCAGCUAAACUCUCUGCCUUCUCAAGAUUGGCCCUCGAGAGACAUAUUGCCGUCGUUGUCGUUGGUUAUCCAGCUACCCCAUUAACUGAACCACGUACCAGAUUUUGUAUUUCAGCUUCUCAUACCCGUGAAGAUUUAGAUUGGGCUUGUGAAAUCAUCAAUGAAAUUGGUGAUGAAAUUUCAUUAAAGUUUAAUAAAAAUAAAUAUACAAAUAAAUUAAUUAAAUAAAUAUUUAAUUAAUAUAUAUAUAUAAUUAUUUAUAAAAAUAAAAAUUAAAUUUCUUUAUUUUUUUAAAAAAAAAAAAAAAAAAA